AUGUGUUUUUUGAUAAUUUCCAAUGCAAUAUUUGGUGUUCCAUUUGUGGUUGUAUCAAGUUUCAGCCAGAAAUGGGUUUUCGGCAAUGGACUAUGCCAGUUUUAUGCUUUUAUUACAACUGCUCUCGGUAUUUCUCAAAUAACAAUGCUUACAGUGAUAGCGUUGGAACGGUAUUUUGUUAUUGUACGACGUGACAGAAAACUUACGAAAACUCCAUGCAGAUGUACCAUUUUGAUUCUCGGAUGUUUCGGACAUGGUGCAUUUUGGGCAACUGGGCCUUUGCUCGGGUGGUCUGGAUAUAAAGAAGAGGAUGUUGGAAUAGCCUGUUGCGUGAAAUGGGAGACAAAAGACGCUGUUGCUCUCUCUUACACUAUUGCCUUGGGUAUACUCGGAUGGCUUAUCCCUUUGUUCAUUAUUGCUUUUGGAUACAUCAACAUUGCCUAUUUACAAGGAACGGAGCAAAAGCGCAUACUUACGUCCGAGAACAAAAAGAUCUCAAAAACAGUCAUGGAGAAAAGGGUUGCUAUAACAACGCUUACAAUGAUUGGUGCUUUCAUUGUUUCAUGGACCCCGUACUCUAUUGUGUCUUUCUUGUCUGCAGUUGUAGAUCACACACAAAUACCUCCCUGGGUUUUUGUUGCGCCUGCAGUCUUUGCAAAGUGUUCAAUUAUAUGGAAUCCGUUGAUUUAUGUAGGCCGGCAUAAGCAAUUUCGGAAUGAUAUCAAGAAAAGUUUCCGAUGUCUCAAAUCGUUAUGUAAUAGGCAUCCCAGCAGCGACAUAAAUGGAUUUAUGCUUCAUAGUAGACCAACCGGUCUUUAUAGGAAGGUGGUCGAGAACAAUAGUUAUAACACUUCUAAAGUUGUUUCAUCAAAUGCUGCUGCGAGGUGUAAUGAAUAUGUUUGA